AAGUUGAAGUCAGUAUGCUUCGAUAUUUACACAUUAAUAUUUGCGUGUUUCUGCUUAUUUGUGGUAGUUUUAAAGACACAACGUGCAGCUGUUUGAGAGCGUCCUCAGAGGAAUUUGCGUAAAGUUUCACGCGAUGGCAGAGACCAAACCCUGGGCUCUGUUCUCAGAGGUCGGGGAGAAUGGUUACCUUGAAGACGUCGUGUGCAUAAUGGAAAAACACUUUCAACUCGUCUGCCACAAAGACUUUCUGCAAAACCCCACUCUGCACGCCCCCAAAAUCCAGGCUGUGUUCGUCUGGAAUGCCCUCCCUGAGGUGGAGCCGUCGCUGCUCAGGUUACUGCCGUCACUGAAGGUGGUGGCCAAUGGAGGGGUGGGCAUCGACCACCUGGACGUGGCGUACAUCAGCAGUCUGGGGGUGAAGGUGACCAACACGCCCGACGUGGUGAACAACGCCACUGCAGACAUGGCCAUGGGUCUGCUCCUGGCAUCAGCUCGCAAGAUUGUGGAGGGUCACCAGGUGUCAGUUGACCCUAAGACCACCCAUAUACCACAGUGUCUGAUGGGAGUUGAAGUGUCAGGGUCGACUGUGGGGAUCGUCGGUAUGGGACGCAUCGGAUACAAAGUGGCUCAGAGGAGCAGAGGCUUCGACAUGAAGAUCUUAUAUCACAACAGGAGCAGAAGGAGUGUUGAUGAUGAGGAGGCUGUGGGGGCGACCUACUGCCAGAAGAUCGACGACCUGCUGAGAGAGUCGGACUUCGUGGUGCUAGUGGUGAACCUGACCGCUGAAACAACGGGCCUGAUCGGCCAGAGGGAGCUGUCCCUCAUGAAACCCACAGCGACACUGGUCAACGUCAGCAGAGGCCUUGUUGUGGACCAGGAUGCUUUAGUCAAAGCUCUGCAGGCUGGAACAAUUCGGGCUGCAGCUUUAGAUGUGACCUAUCCUGAACCUUUACCCAGGAACCAUCCUCUCCUCCGCCUCCCUAACGUGCUGAUCACACCCCAUGUUGGUACCAACACCUACACAACAACUAGAAACAUGGUACAGAGGAUGGUGGACAAUGCUGUAGCAGCUGUGAAAGGACAACCUGCUCGUGACGAAGUCACACUGAAAUGA